AUGCCGAAUGAUGGAGAAGAAAUCAGAUAUCGAGGCGUGAGAAAGAGAAAAUUGGGGAUAUAUGUGGCCGAAAUUCGGUCAGGAAAGAGAUCGCGCAUAUCGCUGGGUUCAUAUUCCACUGCCUACGCUGCAGCUCGAGCUUAUGACACUGCUCUCUUGUGCCUUCGAGGACCCGACGCAACGUCUUUCAAUUUUCCAGACUCGGAGAUAAACUCAACUGCGUUGGAGGUGGCAACUGCACAAACCAAUCCAUCACCGCAGGCUGUUCGAACAGCUGCCAUCGCGGUUGGCUCCGCCAACGACACAUUUCCUCAAGCGGGUGCGAGCAUUGAAGAAACCGCACCGGCAAAACAUUCGAUUGAUUCCGGAGGCGCGGUAAAAGAUGAAGCACAUCAAGUGGAAGAAGAAGAAGAGAAUGAUAUAAAAUAUCUGUUGCAAUCUCCAGAACAUAGAGCACUUGAUGAUAGCGUUCAGAUGGCUCCACUUCAUCCAGAUUUGCAGGUCGUGACGCGACCCUACGACAAAUCUGAACAUUUCUAUGACUUUGAUGGUUGGGACGCCCCACCAAAGCCACCUACAUAA